UGCCGCGGCUGACGGAGCACGGCCGGGCUUGGCGCCCUCGGUAGCGCGCGGCCGGCAUGGUGGCGCCCAGGAGCCCCGCGCGGGCGCGCGAGCGGGAGCGGCCUCGCGCCUCCGCCGCAGCAGAUGACAAAGUUCCCUUCUGGACAGUUGUCACAAGCCAAGCCUUGGACAGCGCAUGGAGGAUGGUGAAGGGGUCCAUGAUGCUGACAGCCUCGUUCCUGCUGGCUGCCCUCUGCUACUUCCAAAGCCUGUGUUUGUACGUGGGGCAUCAGCUGAAAUGGUGGAUUGGAUAUCUGCAGAGAAAGUUCAAAAAGAACCUCAGCGUGGAGGCGGAAGUUGAUUUGCUCAGUUAUUGUGCAAGAGAGUGGAAAGGAGAGACGCCCUGUGUCAACCUGAUGAAGAAGGCUUAUGAGGAGCUGUUCUGGCGGCAUCAUAUUAAAUGCGUUCGACAAGUAAAACGAGACAACUAUGGUGCGCUAAGAUCGGUGUUAUUUCAGAUAUUCAGCCAGGGCCUCUCUUUUCCAUCCUGGAUGAAAGAAAAAGACAUUGUUAAGCUUCCUGAAAAACUGCUCUUUUCACAAGGUUGUAAUUGGAUCCAGCAAUACAGUUUUGGUCCAGAGAAGUAUACAGGUUCAAACGUGUUUGGAAAAUUACGUAAAUGUGUGGAAUUACUGAAAACUCAGUGGACUGAAUUUAGCGGGAUGAAGGAUUAUCAUAAGAGAGGAAGCAUGUGCAAUGUGCUUUUCUCUGAUGCGAUUCUGGAAUACAGACUUUACGAAGCUUUAAAAUUCAUCAUGUUAUAUCAAGUCACUGAAGUUUAUGAACAAAUGAAGGCUAAAAAAGUUAUCCCCAGCCUUUUUAGCCUGCUGUUUUCCAGGGAAACCUCCUCUGAUCCGUUGAGCUUCAUGAUGAAUCACCUGAAUUCUGUGGGCGACACGUGUGGUUUGGAGCGGAUUGAUAUGUUUAUCCUUGGAUACUCCCUUGAAGUCAAGAUAAAAGUGUUCAGACUGUUCAAGUUUAACUCCAAGGACUUUGAAGUCUGCUACCCAGAGCAGCCUUUCCGGGAGUGGCCGGAGAUCACCCUGCUGACAGAGAAUGACCACCACUAUCUCAUCCCCGUCUUCUAAGUCUGACGUGACUGGACACUGGCUCUUGCCAGGUACAGUGGCCACACUUGCGAGGAGCUAGUGUUUCAGCCAGCGAAGGGCCUGGAGUGCCUUUCUCUGGAGUUACAGGUACACGAGGAUGAAGCAGGGUGAGGGUUGCGUUUCUUUACUGUCCAGUGAUUUCCUGCAAACAGCUGCACUGAUGUUUGUGGGUUGGUGGUUUGACUUUGUUCAUCAGGGCUCUCUGGUCACGUCACACGACGGUCAGCCUUUAAGAGCACAGGGAAGUUUAACGUGGACAAUAACAGCAGCGGGAAAAAAGAAGGAGAAGAAAACAAGUCAGGAAAAGCGACUAACCUGAAAAGAAAGAAUACCUUUAUCCCCAGCCCUUACAUUCUUCAUGAAGAAUCUCCUCCUUGGCUGAUUUUGGAGCAGCGUCAGUGUGGCUUUGUUUUAUGAGCAUUAUCUUCCCAGGAAUCUUUGAGGUCUGUUGACUUUCUAGAACUGCUUGUGUAACUUUAGAAUUAUGUGUGUGUGAAUAUAUAUUUAUAUGCAUCUACAUACGUACACACACGUAUGUGUACGUGUAGGAGCCCUGGUGGCACAGCAGCUAAGCGAUUGGCUGCUAACCAGCCGCUCUGCAGGAGAAAGAUGUGGCAGUCUGCUGCCAUAGAGGUUACAGCCUUGGAAACCUUAUGGGACAGUUUUUCUCUGUCCUGUAGGGUCACUAUGAGUCAGAAUCGACUCGACAGCAAUGGGAUGUAUACACGUGUAGUUUUAUUAUGCACACCCACACACGCGUGCGCGCACACACACACCUACUACUACUUAGUAAUGUUGUACAAUGUGUUUUAUAGCUCUACAUUUUUUUGUUGUUGUUAAUGUUGCAUACUGUUUUGUAUUGAUACAAAAGAGAAAUUCUGGAGAUUAAGUCAACUCAAUGACAAUUAUUGAACUGUCACAAAAAUACUAAACUCUGUUGUAUUUAAUGUGUAUUAUGUGUAUAUUUAAUGUAGAAUCUCAUUGUGGUAGGCAGAAUAAUAGCCCCCCCAAAGAUGUCUAUGUCCUUAUUCCCAAAAUUUAUGAAUAUGUUAGGUUACUGACAAAGAAGAAUUAAGGUGGCAGAUGGAACUCAGGUUGGUAAUCAGCUGACUUUGAAAUCAAAAGUUUAUCUGAACUGCCCACGUGGGCCCAGUGUAAUCACAAUGGUCCUUAAAAAUAGAAGAGGGAGUCAGAAGAGAGAGAGGGAAAUGGGAAAUACGAAAGAACAAUCACAGCAGAUGAUAAGCUGCUGGCCUUAAAAGUGGAGGAAGGGGGGUCACGAGCCAAGGAAUGCAGGCAACCUCUAGAAGCUAGAACAGGAGAGGAACAGAUUCUCCCCUAGAGCCUCAAGAGGGAAAUGCAGCCCUGCCAACACCCUGAUUUUAGCUCAGCGAGACUCUUGUCAGGGUAACGUACAGAACUAACUGUCAGAUAAGAAAUGUGAAUGAAGUUGCCAAGUUUGUGGUGAAGUGUUAUAGCAGCAGCAGAAAACUAAUACACUCAGGCUGACUAGUGUCUGGUAACCUUUAUUUUGGAAGUGCUUUGCUAGUCUAUUUUGAAUUGCAAUAAAUACAGAAUAACUUUGGAAA